AUGUCUGCCGACAAGGUCUCUCAGCUCUUCUGGCUCCAGUACGGCGAUGCCAUCAGGCAGAAAGUCGGUGUCGGCUCCGGCGACAAGCUAUUCUUUCUAGCAAACGAGGCCCAGAAGGGUCCCCUGGCUGGCAACAACAUCCCUGAUGAGUAUACCUAUCAGGGCCUGUAUAACAUCGGUAACAACCUGUUGUCCACCGACAAUGUCUUCUACAGCCCUUCUUCCCUUCAUGGAUUCGAUCAGGCCAUUGGCUCCUACUUGAACUGGGUGGACUUGGGAGGCAAAGCCAACCCAGCCCUGGACGCGGCUUUUCUGGAUGCCAUUAGGGACCAGAACGCCUACACCGCGGCAAUGAAUGCUGAGCAGGACAAGGCUUUUGCCAAGUGGAAGAAGGACACGGAGAUGGGUUUAACCGACACUAGCUUCAAAGUCUACGUCGAAAGCGGCAAGACUCCCGCUUUCAAGGCCGCCAAGGACAACGUCGAUGCCAUCACCCAGAAGAUUACCCAAAUCCAGCUGGAGAAAGCGGGUCCCAUGGCUGUCACAGUCAAGGCGGACAGAGACGCACUCGGCAAGGGCAGAAACGAAGAGCUGGACUUUGACGGCUACAACAUGCACGCUGCAACUGGUAAUACCCUCAGCACCGCAGAACUCAUCCGAAAGGCACUUCAGAACGAGAAGAUCGCCCCUCCCUCCUUCCAUCGCCUCCCCUUGUACGAUGCCCCACACUACAAACAGUUCGUGCAGGAUGCGAUGAGCAAGGCCACGAGCAGCGACUACAAUCCAUCUCAGUCGAUCACAGUCGAAAUUGACACUGGUAAAAACACCUCCGACUACAACUUCGGACAGACCAAGGGUGGUGCCAGUGUUGGAGCCAGCGUUGGCUGGUUCUCGUUCAGCGCAGGCGCAAGCCACUCCUCUGAGUCCACCACCCUUCAGACCGGUUCAGAGUCUUCCAAGGUCUCUGUCAAGAUCACCUACGACGAUCUCCAGGCAAUUACCAUCAACCUCGGAUCAUGGAACAUCGACGUUUCCAAGUACAAGCUCCGCUCAGAUGCUCCCAAGGAUGUCAAGACUCUUGCCAGGGUCAGCCAGGUCGUCGUCAUCAGCGGCCUGGGCUACGAGAUCAGCGUCGGCGCCUCGACUGCCGAGACUCUUGACACCAAGCUGAAGGAGACGACGAGCGCCGGCGGCAGCAUCAGUGUCUUUGGUAUCCCCAUCGGCCUGGGUGGCAGCGGCAGCAGAAGCAAGGAGAAGAACACGCACAGGACCUCGUGGGACAAGGCCAGCAGGACCUUCAAGGUCAUCCCGAACUACGACAACAACUGUGCCACAGUUGUCGGCCUUGUCGGCGAGAAGUUUGCCAUGCUGUGA